CCCCUGUGUGCGCGUGCCCGGAGGAGCCCGUGCGCGUCCGCCUGGGUGUGUCCGCGUUAAAUGUUCAGGUGCCUUCUCAGCUCAUUCUGUUUCGACUGGGAACACUUGAACUGCGCCAUGGACGUCCCCGCGCUCAGACCUCUGCUUCUGCUCGUCCUCCUCUCCGGUAUAACCGUUUGCCAAGAGGGCAUUCUACCGGACGGCCCCGUAGAAGCGCUCGUGGGGAGUGACGUGACGCUAAACACGUUACUGUCCAAGCCCGAGUUCACUUUUAUCCUGUGGAACUUUAACGACGGAGAGGAGCAGACCCACAUCUCCACGCUGGGAGCGAAAGGCCUGAACACGAACGCGGCGUACACGGGCCGCGUGAACAUCAGCACGGACGGACACCUGACGCUCAAGGGGCUCAAGGUGGGGGACAGCGGGGAGUACAGCAUCAACGUCGUGGGCCCCACCGGAGCCACGAUGACGGCAGAGAUAGAGCUGCGCGUGAUCGAGUCGGUGUCCAAUGUUCUGGUGACAUCAGAUGUUCCAGAUGCCAUAGAGAAAAACUCCACUGUGGUCCUGACCUGCACCGCCAAAGGAUCUUUCCUCAAGUUCAGCUGGCUCAACGGCACAACGGCAAUCGUACCAGACGGAAACCGCAUCACAGUCAAACAGACUGAAUCCUCUAGCGCCCUCACUGUUGCCUCUGUGUAUCGCACGGACCUGGUUGGGCCAAUCUUUUGCUCCGCCUCCAACAGCCUGUCGUCAGGGAAGAGCCCCGCCUUCAACCUCACCGUCUACUAUGGCCCAGACAUGGUGGGCAUCUCUAUGGCUCCCGAGUUUGUGUCCUCCAAAUCAGACUUCAACCUGACGUGUAAGGCCCCGUCCAACCCCCCGGCCACCUUAUCCUGGUUCCACGGAGACACGCCCCUGGAAGUGUCUGGAGCCGUGCUGUCUCUGAGUGAUAUCGAAAAGAAAGGCAUGGGAAAAACCAAGACUUUGUACACCUGCAAGGCCUACAACGCCAAAACCAAGAUUGAGCUCACUUCAGUUGGCAUCUCCUUCACCGUAGUAGAGCCUCUCUCGGACGUUAAAGUGUCCGCUCCCUCAGAGCAGUUGUUUGCGGGGAACAGUUCGGCUGACCUUAAAUGUGCGGCGGCGAAGGGCACUGUGGACAGCGUGGUUUGGCUGAAGGACGGAGCUCCGCUGACCUUUAGUGACAGAGUGGUUUUGGGGGCAAACAAGCGCUCUGUCCAAAUCAACCCUGUGCAGAAGGAGGACAAUGGAGAGUACACAUGCACACUGUCCAACCCGGUCAGCAGCGAGGCAGCCCAGGUCAAACUGUCUGUGAUCUAUGGACCGGAGCCCGUGGUGCUGAGCGGAGAGUCAGAGGUGGAGGUGAACGACCCGUUCAAACUGGACUGCUCCGCCUCCUCCGUCCCGCCGGCCAAUUACACCUGGAAAAUCAACGGCUUCAAGACCGACGUCACCACCAGCCAUUACAUCAUCGCCAAAGCCGACUUCACCAACUCAGGAAACUACACGUGUGAAGCCUACAACGCUCUGACCGGGGAGACCACCUCCAAGACCCACGUGCUCACCGUCAGAGGAGAGGGCGAGCUGGACGACGGCCUGUCGGACGGAGCCAUCGCCGGGAUCGUGAUCGGGGUGUUGGCGGCGGUCGCGCUCGCCAUCGGCCUGUUCAUCUACUGCCGACAGAAAGUGCCUGUGGAAUCUCCGUAUUAAAGACCUGAACAACCUCCUGGACAAACUGGACCUGUACUGAUGUCUCCCUGCACCUGACCCUCCUGUGAACGGACUACAUUACCCAUGAUGCACCGCUCUACAUGACCCACGACGCACCACUCUGCGGCUGCUCAGGGCGGAGGGAGACGCGAACAUUUGAAACCCUAAGACACUGGAUUCUAACACUUUUGGAUGGUUCUUCUCGAGCAGAACUACACUUCCUGUGAUCCUUCGCUUCUUGCUGUUUACUUCUCGUUGUUGGAUGCUGCGAUUCUUCUCAAAGGGACUUGGAUCUUUGUUUUUGUUGAGAGACGUUCUGUUGGGUUGGACAGUGGGACAGUGGCUGCAGCUGAUGAAAUGAUUUGUUGAACUUUUCAGGUGUGGAGGAGUUUUGGAGUCAGAGUUACCUCACGCUAAAACCAAAAUCCAUCCGUGAAAAGGAGAAGCCACUCCGAUGAGACACGCACCAUGUUCAGAUGAUCGCGAACUGUCCCCUGUUCUGCUACACUUCGAGAUAACGUGUUUUAUGAAUAUAAUUUAAAGUCAAAGAUGGUUUUAGGGUUAAUAGCAAAUCAAAAUAUUAGGGAUGGAACGAUAUGGAUGGAGCCGAUACCAAUAUCUGAUGUUUGACCUGCUGAUGUGGCCGACUUUUAACUUAACUUUUAAAAUCCAUAGUUAGGUCCAAAAAUUUAUUGGUAUCAAAUAUUGGUAUUGAAUAUUAAUAUCGGCCCGAAUAUGACAGGUUAGUCGGACUUGGGCAGCAGAUACAACAUAGUAGAGGUAAUUCCAACACUGUUACCUAGCAACCAUGAUGUAAACAAGGGUCAAAACUUGACUAAUUAACACAAUAGCCUUUUUAUUAUUUGAUGAAUUCAUGUUAUUUUUUUAACUUUAUUUUGCUGAACUAAGGUUUCAGAAUGAUUAGUUCUUAGAGCAUAAAUGUCGUAUGACUGUUCAGUUUUGAUUUGACCCUCUCUGCUUAUGUUCAUAUUCCAAACUCAGGGCUACUUCCUGCCAUUUUGAACUCUGACAUAAACUUCCACUUAAAUAAAUACUGACCAUAGGAUUUAUCCACCAAACCAAGUCAGAAUUAGACAAAUAUGAAACCUGGCAUAUGCAGUUGAAUCCAGCUCUGUGCUCACACACAUGCAUACACACACACAAACACUCACACACACACACAAACACACACACACACACACAGUGAUAUGGAUGGAUUUAAAAUAUACUAACUCGAAUAGUAUUUUACAGACCUGCGUGAAGUUGGCCCUCCAUCAAACUCACACCUACACAAAAUAUAUGUCACUCGUUUGUGCUUCGUUCGUGCUGCAAAAAGUUUUGUUUGUGCUGCUGUAGUUUUUGAGACACUAAAAAUUCUUUUGUAAGUCAAACUAGGGUCAGCCUACCCCUAGGAAGCUUCAAAAUGCUCUAAAACGUCCAAAAUGGUCCCAGUCAUUUAUGCUUUGUUUGAGUUGUUUGUGCUGUAAAAAGUUUGGUUUGUUUUAUUUUCAGCUGAUGACGUCAUCCGGCCCCUUAAAAUGUUAAAGGCAGAAAAUAAUACUAAACAUUUAUAUUUUGUUUAUGCUGUAACAGUUUUUGUUUGUGCUAGUAUAUUUCUAAAAUGACUAAUUAUUAUUUUUGUGGAAAUUAUAUGACAUAUUUUUUCACUCAGCUGACGUCAGCAGCUUGAGCAAAACUCCACAAAACUAGUGAAGAGAAACGAUCUCAGGCUGUGUAAAAGUAUAUCAUAUAUAUUUGGGCCAUUUUCGAGCAUUUUGAAGCUUCCUGGGGCUGGCUGACCCCAAUUUGACCUAUGAAAGAAUCGUUAAUAUCUCCAAAACUAAAGCAGCACAAACUAAACUUUUUGCAGCACAAUCGGAGCACAAAUGAUAGACGUAGUUUUUGUGUAGGUGUGCGUUUGAUGGAUGACAGACAUGGGCAGAGCAGGGGACACUAAACUCACUUUUCUUCAUGAAUCUGAACUUUAGUUGUUUUAAAUUUGUUUUUGUGUAUUCGAUGUGUGUAGUGUUUUUAAAAGUUAUAGUCCCAGAUCAGACAGCCCCAACUCAAAUCACAGAUCUGAUCUACAAUUGUGUUUUUAUGAAUGACAGGAUAACAUUAUGACCACCUGCCCCCAAACUGUGCACUAUCAGAGUGGCUUUAGUCCUGGUUCAAUCCUGGUUUAGACCUGGUUUAGUUCUGGUUUAGUCUUCGUCUAGUCUUGGUCUAGUCUUAGAACACAGAAGAGCAGGUUGUCAUAAUGUUUUCACUUUGUUUCACUGGACCAGUCAAGUCCAGACUGGUGCAGACGUGGAUUUAAAUGGUCAAGAUAAAUGAUUUAAAACUAAACUAAAUCUGCCUCUGUAGAAAUAUUGUAUAUACUGUCCCCUAAUGUACAAACUACUGACUCAAGAACAAUAAAAGUUCACACGAUUGGUUCAAAAAAA